UAUGUCAAUUGAAACCAUCCCUAGCGGCGAUUAGAUUUUGGUCGUCUUCUUCUUCCAGCCGCCGGCGGUCGUCUCCUCCCUUCUCCUGCAACUUCAAUCGUCGGCCGGAAUACUGCGUCUUCUUCUUCGAUAAAGGUGUGCGAAAAUUCUUGCACACUUGUUCAUUCACAGUUGGAAAAUUCUUCGAAGAAAUAUAUGGCGGAGUCCAUUAAUCCUGCACAGCCCCUCUCCAAUGAGAGAAUUGAAAAAGAAGCACCACAGCUGGUUGGUGUCUUGAAAGAAAUGAAAGAGGGUUUAGAUACUGUCCGGAGCAAAAUCCAGGCUUUAACUGCCAAGGUGAAAGCAAAUAGCUUCCCCACGUCAGAUGGAAUAAGCUAUCUUGAGGCUAAACACUUGCUGCUUCUGAGCUAUUGCCAAUCACUGGUCUAUUAUUUGCUUCGGAAGGCAAAAGGGUCGUCAAUUCAGGGGCAUCCGGUUGUUAGGAGCCUUGUUGAGAUAAGAUUGUUUUUAGAGAAGAUUCGUCCAGUCGACAAGAAGCUUGAAUACCAAGUUCAGAAGCUAACCAGGACUGCAACAUCAAUGGAGAAACCAGGAUUGGCCGUGAAAGAGACGGAUGAAGCCCAGGGAAAGGAGGACAUGCUACAAUAUCGUCCAAAUCCUGAAUUGCUUGUUAGCAAAACAAAUGCAGCUUCAGAGGAUGGCUCUGGUGUAUAUCGACCACCGAAAUUUGCACCAUCUUUGAUGGAUGAAGAAAAGAUAUCGAGACACGAGAGAAAUGCCAUGAGAAAAGAAAAAGAAACUCUGCGACGAGCCAAGCAAAGUACUUACGUACAAGAGUUGCUAAAUGAUCUUGAGGGACGACCUGAAGAGAUUAGAGAUAAUAUAGUAUCCGAGAGUGGGGAAGUGAAGAAAUACAUUUCAAAGAUGGAAGAGCGAGCUCGACAAGAGGAAGAACUUUUUACUCGUGCACCUCUGACUAAAGACGAGAGAAAGAAGAUGAAAUUAUUGAAGAGGUCCAGAAAUGGGUUGAAUGAUUUGACGGAAAGUUUCUACGAUGAGAUAAAAUCAUUACCAAUGGAGGAUAGCAUGGCCGAUCAAUCAACCAGCUUUAAUGAUGCUAGUACUCGAGGAAAAAAAAAAUUCAAGAAACACAAGAGAAAGCAUUGAGCGGCGACAAAUUCAAGCCGCUAUUGGCUCAAGUUAUAUAGCUGUGCAAGUUGACGGAUACCAAAUCGGAAAAAAGAGGUUAGUGAAAACAUAUGAACAAUCUUCUUAGUAUUGAGAUAAUGUUUUGAGAAAUGAUAGGAAGUCAGCUAUGUUUUGUUAGAAGCCCAUUUGUGAUCUUUGUACAAUUUUACUAUUUUGAUAUGAGCUAAUUUUCUAGCAGAAUAUUUGUGA